CUCAUCUGCCAUUUGCCCUUCCAGACGGGAUUGUAAACCGAGAGAGUUAAGGAAGGCUGUGCGAAAGCAGAAGGAAUUUCCUCUCUUCGGGGUUUGGCUUUUUUUUUUUUUUUCCCCCCAUUUUUUUUCUCCUGCCGGCUCGAACCGUGGCUUGCCCAGGUAUGCCUGCCUCACUGCAGCACCUUGUGCUGGUGCUCCUGCUCUCCAGUGCCACCCUGCUGCUCGGCACUGCGGCUGCUACACAGAGUGAGGAGCGGCUGUGUGCAUUUAAAGACCCGUAUCAGCAGGACCAUGGAAUCAGUGAGAGCCGGAUCUCCCAGGAGAAUGGCACAAUUUUGUGCAUGAAAGGUAGUACCUGCUAUGGACUUUGGGAAAAAACACGAGAAGGAGACAUACAUCUUGUGAAACAAGGUUGCUGGUCUCAUAUAGGAGACCCACAGGAGUGUCACUUUGAAGAGUGUAUAGUUACAACCACCCCUUCCUUGAUUCAGAAUGGAACAUACCGCUUCUGCUGCUGUAGUACGGACUUGUGUAAUGUCAACUUCACAGAAAACUUCCCACCUCCUGACCCUACUGAUACAACACCUUACAAUUCUUCUCAUUCUUUUCAUCGAGAUGAGACCAUUGUUAUUGCCCUGGCAUCUGUGUCUGUACUGGCUGUUCUGAUAGCUGCUCUGUUCUUUGGAUACAGGAUGCUUGCAGGAGACCGUAAACAAGGUUUGCACAGUAUGAACAUGAUGGAGGCAGCAGCAUCAGAGCCCUCAUUGGAUCUGGAUAAUCUGAAGUUGUUAGAGUUGAUUGGCCGGGGGCGAUAUGGAGCAGUGUACAAAGGUUCCCUAGACGAACGUCCAGUUGCUGUGAAAGUAUUUUCUUUUGCCAAUCGUCAGAACUUUGUCAAUGAGAGGAACAUUUACAGGAUUCCACUGAUGGAACACGAGAACAUCGCCCGCUUCAUUGUGGGGGAUGAGAGAUUCACUGCAGACGGCCGGAUGGAAUAUUUAUUGGUGAUGGAAUAUUACCCCAAUGGUUCUUUGUGCAAAUAUUUGAGUCUCCAUACAAGUGACUGGGUGAGCUCCUGUCGUUUGGCUCACUCCAUAACUCGGGGCUUGGCGUACCUGCACACGGAGCUGCCUCGAGGAGACCAUUACAAACCUGCAAUAUCCCAUCGUGACUUGAACAGCCGCAAUGUGCUGGUGAAGAAUGAUGGAACGUGUGUCAUCAGUGAUUUUGGGCUCUCCAUGAAGUUAACUGGCAACAGACUGGUACGACCUGGUGAGGAAGACAAUGCAGCCAUUAGUGAGGUCGGUACGAUCCGCUAUAUGGCCCCUGAAGUGCUUGAAGGAGCAGUGAACUUGAGGGACUGUGAAUCUGCUUUGAAACAAGUAGAUAUGUAUGCGCUGGGCCUGAUCUACUGGGAGAUCUUCAUGAGAUGCACAGACCUCUUCCCAGGGGAAUCUGUGCCAGAGUACCAGAUGGCUUUCCAGACUGAAGUCGGAAACCAUCCCACUUUUGAAGAUAUGCAAGUCUUGGUGUCUAGAGAGAAGCAAAGACCAAAAUUCCCUGAAGCAUGGAAGGAGAACAGCCUGGCUGUGAGGUCACUCAAAGAAACAAUUGAAGACUGUUGGGAUCAAGAUGCUGAAGCUCGACUAACAGCACAGUGUGCUGAGGAGAGAAUGGCAGAGCUCAUGAUGAUCUGGGAGAGAAAUAAAUCAGUUAGUCCAACAGUCAAUCCUAUGUCAACUGCCAUGCAAAAUGAGAGGAAUCUGUCGCAUCAUAGACGUGUAUCAAAGAUAAGGCCAUAUCCAGAUUAUUCUUCCUCUUCCUACAUUGAAGAUUCAAUCCACCACACUGACAGCAUAGUAAAGAACAUUUCUUCUGAACAUUCAAUGUCCACUACACCAUUGACUUCAGGGGAAAAGAAUAGAAAUUCCAUUAACUACGAGCGGCAACAAGCACAAGCUCGCAUCCCUAGUCCCGAGACAAGUGUCACCAGUUUGUCCACCACCCAUACAACUGGCCUCACUCCCAGCACUGGCAUGACCACCAUAUCCGAAAUGCCUUACUCGGAUGAAACAAACUUACACACUACAAAUGUCAUGCAGCCGGGUGGGCCCACCCCUGUUUGUCUGCAGCUAACAGAGGAGGACUUGGAGACAAAUAAAUUGGAUCCAAAAGAAGUGGAUAAGAACCUGAAAGAAAGCUCUGAUGAGAAUCUGAUGGAGCAUUCACUUAAGCAGUUUAGUGGGCCAGAUCCACUGAGCAGCACUAGUUCCAGCUUGCUUUAUCCACUGAUAAAACUUGCAGUAGAGGUGACAGGGCAGCAGGACUUCACGCAAGCUACCAACGGUCAGGCGUGUUUGAUUCCGGAUGUCCCAUCUGCUCAGGUCUAUCCUCUACCCAAGCAACAGAACCUUCCGAAGAGGCCUACUAGCCUCCCUCUAAACACCAAAAAUUCAACAAAGGAGCCACGGUUAAAAUUUGGUGGCAAGCACAAAUCAAACUUGAAGCAGGUGGAAACGGGCGUUGCCAAGAUGAACACCAUCAAUGCCGCAGAGCCUCACGUGGUGACGGUUACCAUGAAUGGAGUGGCCGGGAGGAGCCACGGCAUAAACUCUCACGCUGGCACAGCCCAGUAUGCCAACGGCACGGUGCCCUCCGGCCAGACCAGCAGCUCGGUAGCGCAGAGGGCCCAGGAAAUGCUUCAAAACCAGUUCAGUGGGGAGGACAGCCGGCUGAAUAUCAACUCCAGUCCCGACGAGCACGAGCCCUUGCUGAGGCGGGAGCAGCAGGUUGGCCACGAUGAAGGUGUUCUGGAGCGCCUGGUGGACAGGAGGGAGCGACCCCUGGAUAACGGCCGAACGAACGCCAACAACAACAACAGUAAUCCGUGUGCAGACACAGCUGCAGCCAGUAUCCAGAAUGUAGUGAGAAAUCCUGGGCAGACCCAGACCAGAAGAGCACAGAGGCCUAACUCGCUGGAUCUGUCAGCCACAAGUAGUUUGGAUAGCAGUAGUAUGCAGUUAGGUGACUCCUCACAGGAUGGCAAAUCAGGCUCAGGAGAGAAGAUCAAGAAACGUGUGAAAACUCCGUACUCGCUCAAGCGGUGGCGUCCGUCCACGUGGGUCAUCUCCACGGAGCCGCUGCACUGCGAGGUCAACAACAACGGCAGUGAGCAGGCAGUGCCCCCCAAAUCCAGCACUGCUGUGUACCUUGCAGAGGGGGGCACUGCCACCACCAUGGUCUCUAAGGACGCAGGGGUGAACUGCCUGUGAAAUGCUUCAAAAGCCGACCUUUGUUUUGCAUUAUUUGAAACAAACACGCAGAAGACAUUUUAAAAAACUGCUUUCUCCUCCUGUCAGCAACCCCUACCAAGGACUCGCUUUAAAUAGAUUUCAGCUAUGCAGAAAAUUUUUAGCUUAUGCUUCCAUAUUUUUUUAUUUUGUUUUAUUUUUUGAAUGUUUUUGCACUUUUAUUUAGUAUCGCUAAAGUUAAGUCUGUCUGUUUUGACCACGGAAUAUAUAUAUGUGUAUCAAAGAUGUGGUCUCAAAAUAUUUUUUUAAAAAAAAGUAACAAAAAAAAGUAUUGCUGAUAAUCAGUUUGGACCAGUUUCUUAAGGUCACUAAGAACAUAAGCAGACUAUAAGACAGGUUUGACUGCAGUGGUGUCUUGUAACCAUGUUUUGAUUUCUGUGCACAAGCUAGUCUGUAUAUUUCUAUGUUACAAAGUGUAUUCUCUUUUGAACCCCUUAUUUUCCUUGUGUCAUGUUGAAAUGUGCAAUAGUCUAUAGUUCACAGUAGGCUUUAUUGAAAAGUGUGUUUCUAAAACUGCCACAUGUUCCCAUUUUUGUAUUUGUUAAUUUUUCCUUGACAGUUGAGCAGUCAGCCGGUCAUGACAGUGAACUUUGCACAUCGUAGCCAGCUUGAAGCAGCUGCCAAUAUCACAUUGUGCUCAGAGGUGACAGUGCAUGAAUUUUCCCCAACUUGAAAGGGCUUUAAAAAAGGAACAAAAAAAAAAAAAGAAUCUGAGCUCCGUACCUUUCUUUUGAUCCUCCCUAAUCAAAAUGUCUUUCCUUUAUAGUAGUAGAUGCCAGCCUGUGAAGUUGAGUAACAAAAUGUUGAACAAAUGUAAGGAGACAGUGUCAGACAUUUUUUCCAUUUUAUUUUGUGUGCAGUUUCACCCCCUGUAUUUAUGUAAAACCUUAUUUAGAUCACUAAUGAUGUACAUUGAAAAAUACAUUUUAUUCAGAAAUAUUAAUAAUUGUCAUACUUAAAAGCUUGAGUGAAGAUAGGUUGUGAACGUUUACACAGAGAAAAAACCCAUCGAUCUUACUUGGCACAAAACAAUUUUGUGAUGAGUCACAAGUCUUUUCUGAUUUACCUCCUUACAGACAGUAUGGGGUAAAAAUGAGCCUGAUUACUUAUGCAGGUAGGUGCAUCCUAAUUGAUCGUUGUUGCCAAGUUGAGUUGAAACUUGUCCUCCCUUCAGAGUUCUUAGAGACCCUCAUUCAUCUUGUUAAAGUUUAUUGCAUGCUUUUAAAAAUCAUGGGUGUUUGUGGGGGAGGGUUGGGGAUUUUUCUUCCCUUCUGCUUAGUCCCUUCUUUCAGUUUGUAUGCACAUUGAUUUUAGCUGUCAGUGAAUGUGAAUGUAAUAUGUAUUGAGAUAAAUCGUUUAUUCACUAUCUCAAGUAAACCCUUCCUUUUUUUGGAAUCAUUAGUUUUACUGUCUACUGAAAGAAAAUAAUUUUCUUAUUAGUUAGAACCUCCUUCCACCUAAGAAAUAGCCUUCCACCUGAGAAGCAUUCUUUCCAAUUGAAAACACUUCAGUAAAAAUUAUUUGGAUAUAAAAAGGUGUAACACAUCAAUCUUUAGUAACAAGCUAAGAUUUAUCACUUCAUCUGAAAACUGGUGAUGUUCAAAGAAAGAAAAUCAAUUCAGUCAGCCUGCCAGACUCCUGUGGCAGGAUACUGGCAGCAAACAAUUGCCUCCCCCAGCCUGUCUCCUUUCAGCUGACUGAAGCAGAUGCUCUCUGCUUUUAAGCUCAUUUGUUUCCUUGUCUUCGUUUUACAAUUUUUUCCCCCUGAGGUAAACUUUGCCAACCCCGUUCUUCUCUGUCUGUUGAUACAGCUAAUUUAAGACAUGCCUUGCUUACAUCUGAUUCUUGCUGUUCCCCAAAAUUCCUUGCUUGUUCUUGAUUGCUAUGAUUUUCUCUUGUGACGCUUCUUAACAUUUCUUAGAUUCUCCUAGAUAUGUCCAAGAGAUAGCACUAUAAAUGCAGACUUUGAUUAAGUGUAGUUGUAGAAGUACAAGCCACAAGGCACAUUUUGAGCUCCCUAUGUUCUUUAAGCACCAGUUCAAAUAGUACCUCUUGUAUCUGAGGCAUAAUUAUGCUUUCCCCCUGUAUAAUACAGUUAUAUCACCCCUUUUUAAAAGCACAGCCUUCUUCUGGUUUGACUUUUAAUUCACUCUCUGGCUUCCCAUCUGCUGCAGUCUCACGUCCCAGAUGUUGAAAACCUGCCAGUUGCUCAGCUGGGUUUCAAGACCCGAAUCAGAGUUUCUGGCAUUCUAUUCAUGUUGCUCACUGGGCUCUCUUCUGCUCUGGCCUCCCGUGAGGCUCCCUUUGGAGUGUGUGCUGGUGGUUUUUGGUGAGCACUGGUCAUGGUGUUGAGGAUUUUGUUCUUCACUCUAUCCCAAUUACUUUUCUUUGCCUUGCAUGUAUCAUCCAUCAGCAUUUCAGAAUGUGGGCUGAAAACAAUAUUUAGGACUCCUACUAAGUCAGUCUACUCUGGGGAGAGAAAAAUUACUUCUCUGACUGCUGCUUCUUUCUGCUGAGACAGAAUUGCACCAGUCUUUUAGCCUUUCUUUGCAGGCCAUGCCUUUGUAAGAAAUCCAACUUUUUUGUGAUCAAUGCAAUCAAAAUUACUUUAAUACCAGAUGAAGAUGUUGUUCUGCAGUUUUCCUUCAACAUUCUUAAGCAAUACUUUUUUUCUUCGCUUUGUCUAUUUCUGUUACUUGCUGGAGGGCCUUGUAAUGAAUUAUAAUUAGUAGCAAGGUUGGCUGUGCAAUCUACCAUGGAUAAUUAUAAUUUGUUAUAUGAUAGAAAAAUGUACUUUAUCGGGAAAUACCCUAUAGAUUAAACAGAUGAAAUCUAUUCUUUUUUAAAGGUCAGUCAAAGCAAACUCUAAAGUAGGUACCAAAGUACUAGUAGGUACUGUAAUUCUGCACAGCUAGAUGAAGUCAGAUUAGCAGUUUGUUUUAAUGUUUAAUUUAGUAAUGCCGUUUUUUUCCUCACAGCACAUAAUCCAGUGUCCAUCAAAUACUAUCUCUGUAAGUUAAAUUAUAUUGAAUUUUCAUGCUGCAGGGAAUUGUCCUUAACCAAACAAAAUACAUGUAAGAGAAAGAAUUCUACAACUCAAACACAGGGAUAUUUGAUAUUGUACAAUAAACAAGGAAAACAAAUGUGAUUUAUUUCCUUGUGAGUUAUGAUUUUGCUUAUUUGAUUUUCAAAAAAAGGAAAAUUAUGGAAGUUGAUAAUUUCCUAUCAAUUUCUCAUGUAUAUUGCAGACAAGAUAAAUAUAGCAAAAUUAAAAUAGAAUGGUAGUGUAAAUACCUAUUAAUUGUGCCACUGCCAAGUAGGCAAUAGUAGAAUAUUUGUUAUGCUAAUUUAUAAUGGAGAAUUCAAGUAAAAUGAUAGAGCAAACAGUUUUGCUGUUUGUCUGAGACAAAAUCCAACAUCUUGCUGGGUAUAGAAAAUGGCUUACCAGUAGAAGGCAGGAGAGUUGUUUAGGUUAAUGCAUUGUCUCUCAUUCUGUUUCCUGAAAUAGAGAUACCAACAUAACAUGGUUUUUUGACUGUGAAUUCUAACCCUUUGAACAGACAAGCCUCAUAGUCUUCUAAAAUUUGAAUUUACAGGUCAGAUUAUCUGCAACUCUUCCCUGAAUUUGCUUAUAAUGCUUUACAGCUUGAUAUGCUAGCCAGUUAGUAUUACCAAGGCCUUUCUUGAAACUCCAAGAUGCACUUAUGCUGCACAGCUAAUUUAAAAGAAAACCUUCUGAUAGUGUCAUAAUUAGAAUAUUUUCAGAAACAACGUUUCUGUUCUUUUUUUGCUUUCCUAGUGCCAUUAGUUUGUCUCUAGUUUUCAUAUAGAAAAUUACCUAAUUUUCAAAGGCAACAUGUUUUGGUUUUUUUCAGUGCACUGGGCACAAAACAAUGCAAGGUAGAUGCUGUUUUCAGGAAACAAGCAACAAAAAACUCCCAUCUCAUAAAUAUCUUCAGAAAGUUCACAUCCUCCUACCUAUCAGCUUUCUCUAAAAGAAAUCUGGAAUCCUACCUGCCUCAGAGAGGAGAAUAAGGAAGUUCUUUAAUUGUAUGGAGUAAAUUAUUGGCCCCAAACUUAACAGUAAGGAAUACUUACUUAAAAAUAUAUAUGUAUACAUUGUAUAUGCCCUAGUUCCAGUGUUCCAUGCAUUUUGCUCUAAUGAUAUUCCAUUUUUAAAUGUUAAAAAAUAUCCACUAAUAUAACAUUACUGUGUCGAUGUUCAGAUUAGAAUUUUCUUUAAAGAAAAAUACAAAAGUUCAUAACCAUUCUGCCAUUGAAAUGUUACUGUGGACAUUUCUUGCCUAAUUAGGGAGGAUUUUUAAAUUGACAUAUUUAGUCUAUACAUUAGAAAUUAAUUAUGCUGUAAUUUUUGCUUGUAUAAAAAUGAUGGCUGGUCCCAUUGCUGAAAUAGGCUGGGUUUAAGCCAUAAAAAUAAUAAUUGCCAAGCACAGUAGCAUAUAAAUGACCUGAUGUCUAAUUAGAAGAUUUGUAGCAGCUCAUCAAAGUAAAUUGAAAUUGGAUUGAUCAGUCUUUGAAAGAUCAUAGACUGGACAACUUAAUAUUUUGCAUAAAUUUGGAUUAUUUGAACUUUUCUGUCUGGUCUCCCAGUACCCAUUUUAACAGGUAACUAUAUUAACCUUAUUUCUAAAACAUGCUUACUAAUUUUUCUUCAACCUCAAGCCUUUCUUCAGUGAAAAAACUAUACAUAUUGCAGUGAAGCCAGAUAUAUAUAUAUAUAUUUUUAUGUAAACUCUGUGUGUAUUUAGAUGCAUAUGUAUGUUGUGUGUAAGUUCCAGGAUUAAAUUCUGUGAGUUACAGCAUCAGAUGGUAGCACUGGUAGAAAGUGUAAUGUGGGGGUUUUUUUUCAUAUGCCAUUUUAAAAUUGUCUGUAGUGCAUCACAGUAAAGCUGGGAUCAGGCUGUGACACAGUCCAGUAGUUCAAGAUCUCCCGUGACAGACUUGUCACUGAUUGUUUGGGUGGAGUGGAUUUAUGAGAGAGAGAAACUUGGGAAUGCACUUGACAAGCUUUAUUUGAAGCUGAGUAAUUUAAGAUACCUCUCUCAAAGAUCAAAAAAUAACCCAAAACACUUAAAACAUGAUAAUUUUUACAAGGCUUUUUUAUGUAGUAGCUAUAGUUAUAUGUGUGGUUGCCAUUUAAACAUAGUAUUUUAGUCCAUUAAAUCCAAUUACAUUUUAGGCUUCUAUAUUGUCAAAUGAAACUGUAGCUAUAGAAAUACAUCCCUUUUUCAUCUCACCCAUUCCCCGAGUAGGUUCAGUUUUGACACGAAAGAGUAACAAAUCAGAUUUCUCAUUUGGGGUUUCUUCUGUACCGAGUAAAAUUGGAGGCAGAACUUCCAUUUCUGCAAGAACAGAUUUGUGCUCCUGCAAAUCCAAAUGGCUGUUAUGUUCAGCACCUGUGUUUCUGAGGGAAUGGGCACCUCAAAGGCUCGUGGCUGAGCCCAGUGCUCUUGGAAUCCAGCAGGAGGCUGCCUUUGGUUGUGGGCAAAGGAGGGCUGGGUUCUGCUGGCUGUGCUGUUAAACGCUUCUGGGGAGGAUUAGCCCUAGGAAAGCUGAUGUGGAAUGUGGGACUGCAGGGCAGCCCUGGCUCCUGAGCCUUGCUGGAUGUUGCUGAUGGGGGAUUCAGGCUGUGGAGCUGGGUCAGCACAGGGCAGCUGUGGCUUUGCCAAGAAGUAGAACUGCAUUGGGGGAGUGGAAGGGUUCAAGAUAAAUCCUUAUUUACACCAUGGCCCUUUAAUGUUGAUCUGGGCUCCAUGCAGGUCUGUGUUGGAAGUGCAUUAUUAAUACAAGUUACUUCUUAUGGCCAUUUCUGUUCAUUUCACUGUGGUUUAAUAUACAUGUGUGCAUAAUAAGCAGGAACUAGUUGGAGUUAUGCUAAUUCAUAGUGUAAUCAUCAGCUAUUUUUCAAAGCCUCUUGCUGUUUUCAUCAGCAAUUGUAUGAAUUUGCAAGUCAUCCAGUUGGUUAACUUCAAUGCAUACACCAUGCUUCCACAGCACAGGAAGGAAGGAUUUCUUCCCAGUCCUUACAGGCUUCUGUAGAUGUAUCACUGGAGGGUGUCCAUCGGGGCACAGCAUCUUGCCUGGUAACUAUUUUAAAGCAGAAAUAAUUAGCCUUUGUAACUUUCUAGUUCCAAGGUCUCCCAAACCUCCACUUUUGUAGCCCAUUCACUUGUUUUUAAGACAGCAAACGUGUGAGGUUUAUUUCUAGAGCACUUGAUUCACUUUCUUUUUUGUGCUUCAGAACUGUAUAAUGAAGUUUCACACUUCAGUCUUGUUUAUUCAGAAAAUAGUUACUGUUUCUGGUCUUUGUAGUUUGUAAGAAGUCACAAGAACAAACAGGCAAGUCCAAGUUACAGCUGACUCAUUUGUCACUUUUGAAUUUCCUAACUGGUGACUCUUCUCUCUCUUUCACACUGUUGAAACGUAUUUAAAACGGUUUGUAUGUAUAUGUUUCUGUCUGCUUUUUGUCUCUAGAGGAAAGCGUGCUCUAGUCACAUUUAUAUAAGCUGGAAUAACGUUUUACAAUCGCUGUUGAUUAUUUUCCCCCCCAAAUGCAGUAUAAGAGGAAAGUAAACAUGGCAAGAAUGAAUUUCUAGGGUUUGGUCUUCUGUAAGGCUGAAGUAAGAAGAUGCGAAACUGCCAUUUUCCUUAUGAAAGACUGUAAAGAGAGCACUACUUUCUGAGCGAGCUUUUCUGGGGGAAGAGGGGGAGAAAUCCUAGAAUAUGGAGUCUCAUCAGAACCCUUUUGUUAACGGGUAUUUUUGGUUUUCCUCUCAAACGGCUGAGGAAAUAUCAUGUAUGAAUUUAUAAAUAAUUGCUUUCAGUUAUUUCUUUUGUAUAAGCUGCGCAAUACCCUUGCUAUGCUGUAUAAGUUGUGUUUCAUGGAACAGUGUGAGUAUGAAAUAAAAAGCUAAUUUUUGGUUUUUAAUCAUCUGUGGAUGCCACUAUGAAAGCUGACAUUGUUAAAGCCACUACAGAGUUUUCUAUGAAUACUUGUAAGAAUUGCUUUGUUAUAUAUAAACCUAAAUAAAGAGAUUGUAUUGAUACAGAGACAUUGGAUAAGAACAUUUAAAAGGCUAUUCUUUAGGCCUGAGAGAAAAGGCUUGCUGUAAAAAUGGUGCAUUAUUCCAUUUAUUAAAGAUCAUAUUAAUGACAAAAA